AUGCGGCUCCUAGACGCACGUACUUUUAGAUUGAAGACAUUCUUCAACAACAUUCCGCCAUAUGCCAUCCUUUCUCACUGCUGGGAGGAUGAAGAAGUCGUGUUCUCGGAUCUAGAUGAUCUAGAAGAGGCUAGGAAGAAGAAGGGUUUUGCGAAACUUCAAAAGACUUGCGAACUUGCUAUCGAAGAUGGAUUUGAAUAUGCGUGGAUUGACACAUGUUGCAUAGACAAAAGCAGCAGUGCUGAGCUUUCGGAGGCUAUCAACAGCAUGUUUUCAUGGUACAGGAACUCUAAGCAAUGCUAUGCCUAUCUCGCCGACACAUAUUUCACCAAAAUAACGCUUCCAGACUUAAUCGGAAUUGGGGCCGACAAAGAACUGCCGGUUAAUUUCGCCGGUAGUAGAUGGUUCAAACGAGCAUGGACGCUCCAAGAGCUACUCGCUCCACGAAGUCUCCACCCCGGUCGUCAGGAUGGUAUGAAAUUCUAUCCCGGUCGUCAGGAUGGCAUGAAAUUCUAUUCCAAUGAAUGGCUACUAUUUGGAGACAAGAUUAGUCUGGCUGAAUCGAUCUCGGAGAUCACGGGCGUUCCCACUCGGUACCUAGAGGGGCAAAGCCUACAGAGCGCAAGCAUUAGUAUGAGGAUGUCAUGGGCCGCAGGCAGACAGGCGAGAAGAUCUGAAGACAUCGCCUAUUCCCUCCUGGGAUUGUUCGAUGUUAACAUGCCAUUACUCUAUGGCGAGGGGAAAGUGAAGGCGUUUAGAAGAUUGCAGGAAGAGAUCAUGAAGUCAUCGGAGGACGAAACGCUCUUUGCGUGGGAAAGUGCGCACUCCAGUACAUCUUUAGACGUGCUCGCGAACGACCCGGAUGACUUCAGUGAAGCCAGCCAAUUAGUACCCUUCGCGUCCGACGUCCCAGUCCCUCCUUAUGCCAUGACUCAUCGUGGGCUCCGCAUAUGGCUACCACUGUUCGAAACCCAGCAACUCAACGAUGAUGAUCGCUUGACCAUGCGGCCUCUGCGCUCACCAGUCAUGAUACUGGCUGGUGUCGACAUAGUCUGGGCGGUCCUCCGAUGCCACCUCAUGCAUGACUUCGAUCGCAUUGUGAUCAUUCCAUUGCGAUGUCUGUCUGCGAAUGUCUAUCUCCGAGACACGGAUACUCGCAUUUCCCUGAUUUCAGAAGCGUCGUUACCUCCUACCAUGUCUACCAAAGAGAUCUACAUGAGAAACAGUAGCACUGCGGCCAUUUCGGAUAGUGUCCGGCGGCGGUUCGGUUUUCUCAUUCGGAAGCUUCCUGCAGACUCGUACAUAAGUCAAUGUUUUCCAAAGGAAGCUUGGAACGACAAGGACGGGAUUCUACAGGGCAAACGAGACGACUCAGUGGCUAGCUCAUGGAAGGCGAGCCUACAGCUGACAUUCCCCUCGCUUGUAAAUAAAAAGUUGCGAAAGGCCGGUUGCGUCGUUUCUCUGACGUUUGGGUGUACACAAGAUGAGCAUGACAGCGAAGCGAAGCCUCACGCGUGGUACAGCACCGACAAAUAUGGACCAGUGGACUACCAUAAGGCAAUGGAAUCGAGUUUCACUCGACAAACCAAUGCGUGGUACGCGACCGACAAUGUCACCUCGUCAGACUUGGAUCUGAAAGUGACUAUCACGCCUAGGAAGAUCUUUCUACAAGAUAUGUUUGUCGUGGACAUUGAAAUGGGCGGUCUUUACGAAAGUAUUACGGUAGAAGAAUUCAAGGCUCGGCGUAAACUGUUCAAAACAAGAGAUUCGCAGGAGACGCUAACAGGUGUCGACCAAGACUGGUUCACACCGGACCCGCGUGGGACUCGAGUCUCGCAAUCCUCAGUUUUAGCCGUCUUGGGAUUGAGGCGCGCCCCAACAGAGUAA